UAUUUUUGCUUCAUUUAUAUUAACAAAUGCAUUGUGUAUUACGUUAGAAUAACAACACAAAGUAAAAAAAGCUGCUUUUAAAACAUGCCACAAUAAAGGGGGGUCAAGUUUUUUAAAUAACAAAAUCUAUGCUUUGGACUAACUGAAAGGCUUACAAAUACCCUAGUCAAAACUGUGAUUCAAUUCAAAAAUCGCAUUAUCGUAGCCUCCGCCCUCAGCGUCAGCCGCCCUACGGCCCGCCCCGCGUAAACAAACACGUAGAGGGGCCACGAGGCCCGACCGAGACGCACGAUGUGCAAGCGAGACACAGCUCCGCGCAACACCAAAACCCGAACCCUACAAUUAGUAGGCGAGAUUCGUUCGCCGCAUCAAUCCGUUAAGAUAAUUGCUCCGAAUUUUCUUGGGAUUUUCGCGUGUGAUGUGACGUCAUUUGUGUGGAAACUCUGAUGGGCCGAUAUGCAUUGUGCGUACUAUCAGCAGCAUGGGGAGCACCCCGUGAACCAUAAUGGGAGUAAUCAUUAUUUCAAUGAGGAACACCCGAGCUUACGCGGCACGCCGCUGGCGAUGUUGGCGGCGCAGUGCAACAAGUUAUCGAGUAAAUCUCCGCCGCCGCUGGCCGACGCGGCCGUGGGCAAGGGCUUCCAUCCGUGGAAGAAGAGCCCCGGCGCGCACUCCCCGCCCGGUGGCGGCGGCGCGCCGCGCUCGCAGCCGCCCUCUUGCACCCCCUAUGGCCGAGGACCUACAUCUUGUGCCGCGCCACCCUCCUACGGAAACGACCUCUAUUUCCCAUCAUCCGGCGAUCAACUCCUAGGCAAAAGCGAAUCCAGUGCGAGUCUCGGGUCGAUGUACUCCCGACACCCCUAUGAAUCGUGGCCGUUCAACGUCGGUGGCGGCGGCAGCAGUGGUGCCUUAAAAGCUGCCGAAAUGGGCGGCGUGGGUGCCGUCGGUGGCACGUGGUGGGAUGUUCACAGCGGAUGGUUAGACGUCGGAGGACAAAUGGCAAAUUACGCGGGCCAAGACUAUUCGCAAUUAACGCAUUCACUAUCCGGCGGUGCUCACUUACUACCCCCCGCCCCGCAUCUACUUCAAGACGCAUACAAGUCCGUGUUGCCGACGCAAGGUUCGUUUGGACUGCAUGGGCCGGGUUCGCCGGCGCCACCCGCCCAGGCUCCCUCUCCCCGGUCGCAGCGCCGGUAUGCCGGCCGAGCCACCUGCGACUGCCCCAACUGUCAAGAAGCAGAGAGAUUAGGUCCCGCGGGCGCUCAUCUAAGAAAAAAGAACAUUCACAGUUGUCACAUACCCGGCUGUGGGAAAGUGUACGGCAAAACGUCCCACCUAAAAGCCCACCUUCGUUGGCACACAGGCGAAAGGCCUUUCGUGUGCAACUGGCUAUUCUGCGGGAAGAGGUUCACGCGCUCCGACGAGCUGCAGCGGCACCUGCGCACGCACACCGGGGAGAAGAGGUUCGCGUGUCCAGUGUGCAAUAAGAGAUUUAUGCGGUCAGACCACCUAGCGAAACAUGUGAAAACGCAUAACGGAGGUAAAAAAGGCAGUUCAGAUUCCUGUUCGGACUCGGAGGAGAACAGCCAAGGAGAAGGUGGCGUGGGAGGGCGGUCGCCGGAGCACCCGCUGGACGUGAAGCCGGGCGCGCUGGUGUGACGCGCGCGCGCGGCCGCGCCGCCCGCGCCGCCGCUGCCGCUGCUGCACCACGCACCGCUCCUGUGAUACUGCCGCCCGCGCCCCGGGCCCGGGCCUGUACAUACCACAUAUCAGAACAUUGUACAUAGUAACGUGCUCCUGUAAAAUAGACAAUGCGGUAUUGCAGCCGUUGUGUAUUUGUUGUGAGACUUAAGUGUUGUACAGCAUAGAACUUUAAUGAUAUAGUAAGAAUUGUAUGGUUAAUUAGAAUAAGUAGAUCACUCUUUUAGUCCAAAAUUACAGUUCAUUAUUUAUUACAUUACUUUAUAUAAUAAUACCUCAAUUGAUAUGAAUGAAAACGAAUUUAUUAUCGGACCCUGCUAAUACUUAUGUUCUUGUCUGUAAUUUAUGUAUAAAGAUAACUAUUUUACAUGCAGUUUUGUGAAUAAUGUGGCUCCUACUUAAUGGUAGUUUAAGCCGGACUGCUGGGUAUAUUGACUUUGCAAUAUUAAUUAGAUAUAUGAACUGUACGGUCAAUGAAAAUGCCAAGGGAACGAUCAAUAUUGACCAAAAAAUCGACAAACCGAGUCACCGACGAUACGACUUCGUGCUUAUACUCUUAAAAUAUAUACGAGACUUAAAUGCACUAGAUACCUAACUAAUUGUUUAAUAUAAUAAUUUGCUAGCGCACUUAAUGUGUUUUACUGCAAUAGAUACAUACUGUGUCACACUACCAUUUACGUAAUAGGUAGCUAAGUCCUCUUAAUGCAACUAAAUUGGUUUUAAUAUCAUUGUACCGAAUAAUUUUAUACCAUGCUGAGUAUUCUUUUAAGUACCUAUAUUACUUGUUAUAUUACACGACCAAUCGUGGAUACUAUUCAGAUAGUAAAUUCUUGUUAUCAAUUUGAAAAGGAUGAUCUAUUGUCAAAAGCGAUAUUUCUUCAACCAGAAAUAUUACUUUUGACAGUUGACAGAUCGUAUUCAUUACAAUUUGACAACACGAAAUUAUUAUCUGAAUAAACCUCCGUAUCAGACCUAUCGGGACGCUUAUCAUCCCAGCAAAUUUAUAUAGCUAGUAUUUAGUCAGGUCUUAAGGUCUGUCACAAAGGUUUUCACUGAUAAAAUGUAUGUAUAUAUGUCACUUUAUUGCACAUAGACAAAUUUACACAAAAUAGACAAAACAAAGUAAAAAAUUUAAAUACCUACUUAUACAAAGGCGAACGUAUCCCUAAAAGGGAUCUGAUCCAGCUAACCCUUGAGAAAAUGAGGGAGGAACAAACACUAAAAGACAAAAGACAACCGAAUAAGAACAUAUAACAAUAAAAUAUACAUAAUGUAAUACAAAGCUUUUAAUAAUAAAAUAUAGCCAUGAUGAGAAAGCUUGUUUUAUAUUUUUUAUUUACAAAUUUAGGUCGCAAUGUUAUUUACAAUUUAUUUACUUUAGGGUUGUCGUUAGGCGCGAACACGCGGCUGGAUUGUGAUAAAUUAUACUUUACAAAAGGGAGUAACAGUCAGUGUCGCGUUAAUAAAAUAGUUACAAUUGGCUACUUGACUGAUUUUUGUAAAUAAUGUCAAACGAUCUUGAUUUUCCUGAGGAUCAAAUGUCUAUAUAGGACUCAUGGCAUUUAAGCAACACAAAGGUCAGAAAUGAGAGUUAAAGUCUGACGCUCGCAGUCGACGAUUGAAACGCCUCUAACAAAAUGAUAAGGUGAUGUGACGUCACAUCAUAUAAGUCUGUCCUAAAUGUAUGGAAGAUCAAGGAAAUUGCCAUUGUCCUGAAUUGGCCCUGAAAUAUUGCGUUUAUGUGUAUAGUUGUCAUACAAUUUAUUUUUCAAUAAAAUGUAAGGAAUCGAAUGGUACCAUUUUCUUUUCUAUUUUUGAAUGUUUUUUUUUUUUUUUUAACUUCGGAGCCUUGUAUUUUUUUAUAAUCUCAAUAUAAUUUUUUAAAUCAACAUGUGUCAAGUACCCAAUUGUUUAUUGUAUGCAACUACUUUAUUUGUCCAACAAAUCUGUACUAGCAUUUAGUUCUCGGACAAGGCUUUACUUUAUUUAGAUAAUACCCUUAAAACUAAGGGUACCUACUUUUUAGUAACACUCUUAGAUUGAACUGCCAUACAACAAGUAGAUUUGGAAAAACAUGUACAUGUACAGUAACAAUAAUAUCAGUCCAAUUCACAUGAAAUAUAUAUUAAAAUAAAUAUAAAAAACCCCGAUUUUGCGUUCUGCAAGAUUCAAGCGUGUUAAAGAAAAAAAUAAAUAAAUAUUUAGUAAUCAAAAUCACCUUAUACACGUAAGCGUAUUUUUUGACGUGUUUUUGUAACUUUUUCCGAAUAUUACCCAGAAAUAUGCAAUUCUACGGCAGCAAAUUACGUUUAAUUAUAUUGUACAUUAUUUACUAAGCUAUGAAAUAAUCUUUUAAACAAUACAUACCUAAUUAGGAAUCUGUACCCAUCACUUUUUAAUCAAUGAAAACCUUUGGGACAGAACUUAUGACCUAAGUAUAAUCACAAAUAAUGAUGUGUAAUUCAAACAUCGACACCUUAGAGCAUUUAAUAGAGCGGAGUUACCUUUAAGAGCGUAUACCGGGUGUUUCCUGUAACACGAGCAAAUAAUUAAACCAUAUAUUGUACUCCUAAAACGAUAUAACUUUUGAUUAACAACCUUUAAAAAAUAAUGAAAUAUUUAGAAUUUAUCUUUUUCAUAUACAUUUAUUAUUAUUUUCAAUGUACGCUGCCAUCAGUGUGUUUGACGUUGCUUGUCACGCUUUAAACGUGACAAAAUUCGCAAUACAUUGCGUAACACUUCAAUGUGUAAUAAAAAUUAAAACAUAAUUUAUUUUUAAAAGUUGCUGAACAAAUGUUGGUUAGUUUGAGGAGUACAAGAACAACCUACAGUUUAAUUUAUUGCUCCUGUUACAGGAAACACCCGGUAUACCCCUCUGCCAAAAACCUUGCACAAUUGUGCAUACUUUU